AUGACAAGAGGACCAUCUUUUGGAUUGUGCUUCGCUCCUUGGCCAAGAAAAUUUUUGGCAAAAGACGCAUCUAUUGAGUGGUUAGAUGCUACUGAUGCUUUGUACUGGAAAACGGAAGAAAAUAAUGAAAGUUAUACGGGUAAAAUCGUGACACUGUAUCAAGUGUGUUUCUUUGACGUACAAACCACGUUCAAUAAAGUUGCACCUGGAAUAUACGACGUCAUCUGGCGUCUGAAAGUUCACCCAGAACAUGAAGGACUCGUCGGUCUGAAAUUCAGUGUAGAAGUCACCGAAAAGGUUAAAAACGCCCCUUCUGGCUUUAAAGGCUACAAUAAAACUGAGAUUCACGAUGCAAAUGAAGCUCUAUUCAAAGACUUAGCUAGUAAAUACCGUUGGGUUGAUCUGACGCUUCCGUUUAACUUGGAGAUUCCGGAAGAACGAUUGAUUGGUAGCGAAUCCACCUGGUAUGAUGUCGAAGUGAAGGUUUUUGAUCAUUCUGGAAUUUGGAAGAAGGGUUUGUAA